AAUGGCCUCCCUUAUCAAACAAACAACACAGAAACCCUGCCGAAGAGAAUGCAAAACCGCCACAACGCUUUGUUUUGAAGCUCCAACUUAACUCAUGUCGCAUGCACUUCAUCUCGUUCCCAAUAACAUCCCUGGUUAUGGACCAACAGACUGCAGAUAUCUCUCCUACUCAGGCAUUUCUGGAAGAGCAGUGACUCUUUCUCCUUGCUCUUCAAAUAGUCACCACCAAAUUUGCUCACAGGUGAAGAUUAGAUCCUUGAAAUGUAGUUCAAGGGGAAUAUCUGUUGUAUGCAGAGCAGGUUCUAGUGGUCACAGGAGAAACCCUGACUUCUCGAGGCAAAGACAUGGAUAUCAAGGGAAGAAUAGGCAGAAUGAAGAGAGAGAGAAUCUUGAAAAUCUAGAAGAUUCUGAAAUGAUAUCUUCAAAAAAUGGAUCAUUACUCUCCCUUUCUGCUUCCACAAAAUUUCAAGCUGCUGCAGCCCCGGGUCCGAGAGAGAAGGAGAUUGUGGAGCUUUUUAGGAAGGUCCAAGCUAAACUUCAAGAAAGAGCUGCAGUUAAAGAAUAUAAGAGAACUGAAGCCACACAGGGAAAGGGAAAAGAGAGUGAAACAGUUGAUUCUCUCCUUAAGCUAUUGAGGAAGCACUCGGUUGAACAAGGUAAGAAGAAAAACAGUGAUGGCAACAGCAGACACUUGAAUUUAGAUGAUCCAGAAGUUAAUGGCUUUUCUAAUGGAGAUAAAAGCUCCAGUUUCUUUAGUUCAAAUGAUAGAGUGAGGAGCGAGACAAAAGAAUCCUAUGUGCCUAGUUUAAGCAGGCCAGCAUCAAAUUUCCGACGAAAGUCACCUGUUCCACAAAUGAAAAAUCAGACAAAUUAUUCUAGUGAGGAGACCGUCAAUUCUGUGACACAUGUCAAUUCAGAUAGGAAGAGAAAUUCGAGUUCAGAGUCACAUCCUGCAGCCGAUCAUCUACCUGAGGUAGAGGAGGAACUGGAGUCUGAAUCCGAGCCAGAGCAUGAGCUUGAGCUUGAGCCUGAGUCGAUCUAUCAAGAAUCUGAUGUAUUGGAUGAGUUGUCAGAGGAUGAAUCUUCAGAUAUUGACGAGGAGGACGGAGAACAGCAGAUUGAACAUGAGGAUUUGAGUGCAUUGAAGCUGCCGGAGCUCAGAGCGCUUGCAAAAUCUCGUGGGUUAAAGGGGUUUUCCAAAAUGAAAAAGGGUGAUUUGGUGUCUCUACUUAGUAGCUCGGGCUAAUUAAUGAUGAAGCAAAAAACUACAGAUCACUUGCAUUUUGAUAGUUGUGACUUGUGAGAUUCCCAUUUUGGUUUUAAUAGUACUUGUUUUCUGUUUAUUAUUAAAUGUAUAACAAACCUGCUGAAUAAUCCUCCGAAGGGGCAGGAAGCUAUGGAUUUUUUUUAGAUUCAUUCGAGGAAUCAAUCUUUCGUUGUUCUGUACUCAACAUGCUUCAGCAGUCGGGUGUCAUUAAAUUUAGUUGUAGACUCAUUAUGCUGUUCGUAAA